AUGCAAGCCAAAUUUAAUGAGCAAGAACUCCUAUAUAUAAUUAAUACCCAUUCUAAAUUAUUCAAUAUGUUUAAAGACUAGAAUUCCAAAUAAACAUAAGUAAUUAUUUUAAUAGGAUAAACGGGUGCUGGCAAGAGUACAUUAUUUAAUUUCUUGAGUGGUGCAGAGUUUGAAAUGAAUGGCCCAGAACCUAGAUAAAGCUUAUGUAUAAAAGAGAAUUCAUAACAAUUUGCUCUCAUAAAAGGAGGAAUGAAAUCAGUCACAAAGAGUCCAAAUUAUUACUUUUCACAAUAGUUUAAUUCACUAUUAAUAGAUUUCCCAGGAUUUUAGGAUACUGAUGGAAAGAUUGAUUAAGUUCUAACAUAAUUAUUAUUUUAUUAAAUAAUGAAAUCCGCAAAUGUGAGAAUUGUAUACGUUGUUAAACACCCCGAAACUCAAUUUAAUAAUAGAGGAACUUCGUUAUAAGAAUUUAUAAGUAAAACAUUUUAAGGUGAAAAUUUUGAUAUGUCCUAAAUAUGUUUGAUGUUAAAUUGCUAUAAUGAUAAACUAUCAGAUGAAAAUCUAAUCACGAAUGUUUAAAGUUAACUAGAAAGGGUUUAUAAUUGUAGGCCUCAAAAUAUUUGUGUUAUUAGAAAAAUAAAAAAUAAAUAAGAAAUUGAAUAAUAUUUAAAUUCACAAAAAAGAAGUUACCUGUUUUAAUAAUUUUUAAGAUCUCAUCCACUCGUUAUUUCUCCUCAAUAUAUACAUGAAAGUGAACAAAUUGGCCAAUAUUUGAGUGAAUAAAGUGAAUAAAUUUUAGAAUAAUUGUGUUCAACGUUAGAAAAGAAUUUAAAUGAUAAUUUAAAAAAAUUAACCUAUGAAUAAGUUUAUAAUUUAGAAGAAUCCUUAAAAUAGAUAUCAGUUUUUCUCAAUAAUCAAUAAAAAGACACAGUUAAUUGGUUUUAAGAAUUAAUUAAUUAAUUUGAAAAGUCAAUUGCACUUUUAAAUUUCUAAAAUAAAAAAUGUUAAAAUUACUCAAAUUUUAUGACAAUAUAUAAUUUUUUUGCUUAACUCUCUGAAUUUAUCCCUGGAUUUGAAAUGAUACGGAACAAUUGCAUAUUUGCUUAAUAGAGGAGUGAGAAUACCAUGAGGAUUGUUAAAGGUUAAAUUGAUAUUCUUUAAAAAUAACAACAAAAUCUUUAUGAGGAAUAAGAAAAAAUGAAACAAUACUAACUCAGGGUUCUAGCAGAUGAAUAACAAAAAAAAGAAGCUAAUUUAAAAUUACAGGCUUAAUAGAGUUAUUAACAGGUAGCAAUUCUGCAAUAGGCUACAUAAAAUGAUUUGUAGAGUUAAAUUACGAGUAAGAAUCUUAUUCAAAAUGAAAGAGAUAAUUUAAUCCUGAAAAAUACUACAUUAUAAUAAAAUAAUUAAAAACAAGUAGACGAGAAAAAUCGUUAAUUGAAAAGAAAAUAAGAAGAUUAUUCAACUUAUUAAUAACAAUUAUAAGAAUUUAGUAAUGAUUAACGGAUUAAAGAAAACGAAAUCAAAUAAUUAAAUGAAAAUCUUUAUAAAUUCUAGAGUUAAAGUGCAUCUGAAAAUGAAAAGUUGGAGAAUAAGCUAAAUGAAAUUCUAGCUAACCAUAAAUAACUAGCUGAUCUUGUAGAUGAGGAACGAAUUAAAAAAGAUGAAUUGAUGGCAUUGAUCAAGAGCUCAGGAGAGGAUUAAGAAAAACUGAGAAAAAGAGUGGAAUGUUUAGCUAGGGAAAGAAACAGUUCAUGCCAAUUGAUAUGA